AAACUUUACUGUUGUAAAGUACCACAGCACGGAUACAUGCUAGAAAUUGAUUGUUGUGAGCAACAUAACAAUUUAGGAAUGAUUUCUAAAUUUUUACAUCCCAAUGCAAGGAAAUAAAAUGGAAGGUGGAAGGGAAAUUGAAUGGAAUUCAUUAUCUUAAUUAAUGAUUAGUGCUCCAUUAUUGCAUUUGCUUUACAGCCUAGCAACGCAAUAACACAUGGCUAAAAGCAAGUCAAGUCUAAAAGUAAAUAAUAAACAAUAAAAAGAUAAAGAAAAGAAAAAGCAAGAAUGCGUAGAAUACUCUCCUUAUCCCAUCAGCAGGUCACUUCCAAGCUGCUUUGGGCAGAGCCUGAUACAGGUUAAGUAUAAACAACCAUGGCUGGAUGCGGUAAUGAGUUUUAUACGCCCAAUGACUAACUUGGCCUAUGUUGGCCUUGGAAUAGUAAGAGCUUGAGCAUACCUUGACUUAUUUAACAUUAUUGGAUUGUAUACUUCACUAGCAUGCUCGUUUGGUCUUAGAUGCUUGUCCUGAACCCAUGUGUUUUAACCUCCCAUCUGGCUUGCACAAGGGUCAGCUCGGCCUAAAGUACCCAGCUUAUUAACAUCAUGUCAUAAGCAUUAUUUCUGAACUUUUUUUUAGAAAAAAGGGAGAUCCUCAUAACGCACCCUGAUUGAUGACAAUACAUGUGCCUCCAUCUUCUCAUCUCAUGCAAGUGAGCGUAGUAAGGGGUUAUUCUCCACUCUCUUGAAUCAACUACGAAGCCCCAGGCAUUGCCAUUUGUAAUAUUUUCGCGGUCUUAGUUUCUUCUUCAUCUAUAUUCUCUAUUCUCAAACUGAGACGGUAUACAUGUACCUCCAUCGAUCUCAUCUCAUGCAAACGAGCAUACUAAACAAUUAUUCCCCACUCUCCUGAGUCAUCUACCAAGCCCAAGCGUUGUUGCUUGUAAUAUUUUCUCCCAUCUUGGUUUCUUCUGUUUGUAUUCUCUAUUCUCAAAUUGAGUAUACAUGAGUCACGGACAGCACAUCUAUCUCAUCUCAUGCAAGCGAGUGCAGUAAGCGGUUAUUCCCCACUCUCUUGAAUCAACUACAAAGCCCAGGUGUUGCUGCUUGUAAUAUUUUUCUCCCAUUUUGGAGUCCUAGUUUCUUCUUAAUCUGUAUUCUCUAUUCUCAAAUUGAGGCAAUGGAAAAGGCGGCAGGUUCAGCUGCAAUCGAGGUCGGAAAGUGUGCAUGCCCUUAUCUUAAGGAAUAUGUGGGCUAUCUUAUGCAUUUUAAUGACAACGUUAAGGAUCUGAAAGACCACGUACAAGAUCUGGUGGCCAGGAAGGAGCGCAUAGAUCGAUUGGUAAGCCCGGACCACUCCAAUGGUGAAGAAGAAACCCCAGAAGUUAGGCUAUGGCUAACACGAGCUGCCCAAAUGAUACAAGAAGCAGUGACGAUACAGCAAAAAGUGGCAGAAAACAAGGGAUGUCUACAUUGUCUGAAUUUGAGAUGGCGUUACAGUAUAAGCAAGCAGGCGAAACAGAUGACGGAGAGCAUUGUUAGGCACUAUGAUGAUGGGAAUCCCGAGAAGAUGAAGAUGACAAUGCCCCCAUCCCUUCUGACCGUCAUAAACGAGGAAGCUCCAUCAAUCCAAGGUCUACCAUCAGUAGAAUCAUCUCUCCAAGAAGUCAUGAGUGCUUUACGUGAUGAAAAUACCAAAAUAAUUGGAGUAUGGGGCAUGGGUGGUGUGGGCAAAACUACCCUCGUGAAAAAUGUGAACAAUAGGUUAGAUGGGACACAAGAAUUCAAUAAAGUCAUAAUGGUGACUGUUUCAGAGGACGUGGACAUCCAAAGGAUCCAGGGCGACAUUGCAAAGAGAUUGGGUUUCACACUCCAGGAUGAGACCGAGUCCUCGCGAGCAAGUGAUCUGAGGAAUAGAUUGAUGCAAGAGAAGAAAUUUCUCAUCAUAUUGGAUGAUUUGUGGGAGCGACUUGAUUUGGCUGCCGUGGGAAUUCCCUCUACUAACAGCCUUGAAGGUUGUAAGAUCAUAUUCACAACACGGAAUAAAGAUGUGUGCAAAGGAAUGGAAAGCCAAGUCGACAUUCAAGUAAAAGUGCUCUCAGAUGAGGAAUCGUGGAAACUAUUCAAAGAUAAAGCAGGUGUCAUUGUUGAUGAUCCUUCCUUUCAUACCAAGGCAAGGGAGGUAUUCAAGGAAUGCGCCGGUCUUCCACUUGCAAUUAUAACAUUAGGAAGGGCACUGAGAGGUGAAAGAGAUCCUAGAGUGUGGGAUAACGCACUAUCACAGCUGAAGAAGUCUGCACCAAGAAAUAUCAAAGAAAUGGAGAAAGGAGUGUACCAGUCUAUCAAAAUCAGCUAUGAACGUUUGCAAGCUGAGCUGAAACUAGGGUUCUUGUUUUGCUCCCUGUUUCCUGAAGAUUUUGAUAUUCAUGUAGACAGGAUGAUUAGCUUCUGGAAUGGUGAAGGCUUUUUGGAAGAUGUUGAAAGUUUGGAGGAAGCACUAAAUAAAGGGCACGCUUUGGUUGAAGAACUCAAAUCUUCUUGUUUGUUAUUAGCAGGUGAAAAGGAAGGGUAUGUAAAGAUGCACGACAUUGUUAGGGAUGUUGCCAUUUGGAUUUCGUCAGAAGAAUGCGAGGACUGCAAAUCUUUUGUGAGAAUUGGAUCGAAAGGUUUGCCACAGGGGAAAAGUUGGGAGGAAUACCAGAGGAUUUCUCUCUGGCGAUGUGGAAUUAAUAAACUGCCAGAAGGGAUGCAUUGUCCUAAAUUGGUGACAUUGAUGAUGCCGGGAAAUAAGCAGCUGACUGAAAUUCAAGGUUGGUUUUGGGAAGCAACUAAAGCCCUUCGGGUUCUGGAUCUAAGCAGAACAGCUAUCAGUAAGAUACCAGUACUGUCAAACCUGGUGAAUUUACGGGUGCUUUGCCUGAGGAGCUGCAUGUUUGAAGAAGGGAAUUGUUUGUCAGCACUUGGGGGACUGAAGCAGCUUGAAUUUCUCGAUCUGUCAUUUAACAAAUGGUUAUGCGAGUUGCCAAAUGAAAUUGGAGAAUUGGUCAAUCUGCGGAGCUUGGACUUAACAGAUACUGUUCAUCUUAAAAUUGUUCCAAGUGGUGUUAUAUCAAGGUUGACUCUCCUGGAAGAAUUGAAGAUGUGGAAUAGUUUCGACGAGUGGAAGGCUGAAGAAAAAGAUGCAAGCAGCAGCAGCAGUAGCAACGCCUGUUUGAGUGAAGUGGUAUCUUUGAAAGAGUUAUCUAAUUUACAUCUCUGUAUUGUGCAAGUGGAACGUUUGCCACGAGACUAUCCUCUGAUUAAACAUCUGACAAAGUUGAAGAAAUUUUGCUUCUGCAUAUGCACAAGGCCUGAUGAUGAUGAUGAUGAUGAUGUUUUAUACUUCAAUCGUCCUGAAUCGAACCCUGAUGAGUUGAACACUGAUGAGUUGAGAUAUAUGGAGAUUGUUGGUUGUAGUCUCAUCCCCGAAUGGGCUCUAAUGCUUUUACCACAGACCACUCAUUUAAAGUUGAGAGAAUGCAAGGGUCAAGAGGCACUUAAUCGCGGUGGAGGAUUCUCAAGUUUGAAAUCUCUUACAGUUUAUGGAUGUGAUGACGUGGAAUUUGUUGUCAGUGCAAAGGAGUCUCCUAAAAAUGCAUUCGGUAAUCUACAGAGUUUAGAGUUAAGAAAGCUGCCAAAUCUAAAGAAAGUCGUGACUAAGUAUGAAGAGGGAUUGCUUCCCACCUUUUUAUUUCAUAACCUUAAGGAGGUGGUAGUGAAUGGAUGUCCUGAACUAAAGCAUCUACUCCCAUCCUUUUUAUUGCAAGGAAUGGAUAAUUUAACCGAUGUCAGAGUGUCUGAUUGUGGAGGAAUGGAGCAUUUAUUUGAUGGACCACCCACAGUGGAGCAACGCAAUGAUGUGCUCUCCAAACUCGAAACCUUAGAUCUUGUUUAUCUCACGAGCAUGACAAGUAUUUGGCCAAUGGGGUUAGUGGUUAAGCUCCAAAAUCUCGCUACUCUGGAGGUUUGGGAUUGCCGUGGCUUGAAGAAAAGUGUUAUGUCUGCGAUGCAGAUGAAUGGUGGGCUCCCUAACCUUUAUGAGCUCAUUGUGAAUGAUUGCGAAGGAGUGGAGGAGAUCAUUUCAGAUGUGGUGGAUAAUGAGGGUCUCCUACCUAAACUAAGAAUUCUAAAUUUAAGUGAUCUACCGAAAUUGGUGCGCAUAUGUGGAGGAGAGGCUGAUCCCCUGCUGCAACUGGACUGGAAUUCACUAGAAGUAAUACAAGUGUUGAGAUGUGGAGGAAUGGAGCAUGAAUUUGAUGGACCGCCCAAUGAUGUGUUCUUCAAAAUCAAAACCUCGAAUCUUAAAGAUCUCCAUAACCUGACCACUCUCGUGCUUCGGAGGUGCCAUUUCUUUAAGAAGACCAUUAUGUCGUCCGUUCAAAUGAAGGGUGGGCUCCCUAAUCUCGUCAACCUCACCGUGGAUGAUUGCGGAGGAGUAGAAGAGAUCAUUUCAGAUGUGGUGGAUAAUGAGGGUCUCCUACCUAAACUAGAAAAUCUGACAUUAUCCUCUCUACCGGAAUUGGUGCGAAUCUAUGGAGGAGGGGAGGCUGUUCCACCACCGCAAUUGGAUUGGCAUUCGUUGAAAACAGUUGAGGUGUAUAGAUGUCCCAAGCUUAAAAAGGUGCAGCCUGUGCAAGGUGGGACCAACAGUGUGCCGUCGCUUAAAGAGAUAAAGGGAGAAAGGAAUUGGUGGGAGGGGUUAGAUUGGGAAGGAGACGACAGAGUCAUCUCCCAAUUCCUUGCCCUGUUUAAAGAGGUACUGCCGUAUGAUGAAGAUGAGUGGUGGAAGAUAAAAAGGUACCGAGAAAUUGUACACUUGUGGCAUACACAUAAGAAAGUUAAAAACGGAUCCCAGUUUGCAUGUAUCACCAAUCAAAAAUUACAUUUGAUUGAUCAUCUAACAGUCACAUUGGCUCCAACAAAUGGAACCCAAGGGGCCAGUUUCGAAUCUAUGCAUUCUUCGACAGUGGUUGAAGGCCCAGGGCCUAUUGUGCAACUAAAAUUCCAUUCCAUUUGUAAUAGUCCCAAGUGGAUUCCAUAUGACUGAUUCAUAUCACUCUUGUGAAUUCCAUAUCAUUCUUACUUGGCAUGUUUAGAGAGAAAGAAGUAAUUGCAUUGUUUCCAAGAAAUCUCUCUCAAAGGAAAGUAUUCUGAGAAGGAUUCUUCAUCAUAUUAGUAGUACGGCUAUUUUCAUUAUUAACCCAAUGAUUGCAAAUUAGUCUCUGUGCACUCUUUGUGUAACUUGGUACCUCCUCACCUCUUAUACUCAUUUUCAAGUGUCUUUUGCUCUACAGAGACAGGGUAGUGAAGCCCCUUCAACCCCAUGCUGGGGAUUGUAUAUAUAAUGUUACUCUUUGAGAUUCUAGGAUUGGUUGUGUGCGCCUUUUCUCCACUGGAGAGGCUCUCUAGGAUGCUUGUGUCCAUAAAGGGUCGUGCAAGCAUAGUAGACCAUAGUAUUAGAAUUCUCCUUUUGGGUUUCUCUAACAUCUGCUUUGUGGUCUCUUCAGGUAUUUUUGUUAUUGAAGUUUAUAAUAUGAAGACGCUUUCUACCACUCAAUACUCAGACUGUUCCUCUUGGAAAAUACAGCUCUUCACUCGCCAUUUAAAUUCAAUAUCAAUUGCCUAGGUAUCAUAUCAAGAAUUAUUGAUUCAAGAAAGAAGAAAAUAAUUGAAAAUAUUAGUUAUGUUCCUUUAUCCACUCCCCUUAUCUGUUUUUAUCAAUUGCUUGAGAUGCUAAGCAUUCUCCAUGGACGAGAGUCCUUCCAGUUUGAGGAUUGCUUUUGUAGGCUUCUAAUGUUAUGCUUUUCCUGGCUCGAGUGGGGGCUCUCUCUCAUUAGGCCAGCAUAUGGGCUUUUUUCUCUUUUCCAGGUCUAAGAUGUGGGCGUUUUAGUGUGUAUGUUUUUCUUUUCUCCUGGCUUGAGAUGUGGGCUGCUAUCUUUUGUCUUUUGUUCUCCUUUCUUGUAAUCUUCUUUACUUUGGCCAGUCUAGAUGAUAAUAUAAUUUCUUUCUU